GAUUUAUUGAAAAUCAUGAAAAUAAAACUUUCCUCCCAAACAAACAGAGUUAAAAGCCGGCUGCACUUCUCUCGGGCUAGAACACAGGAGCACAGAAACUGAGAGCAUAUACGGAGAUGGGAACUCGGGAAGUGUACGAGCAGAAAUUAAGGAGUGGAAAUCUCCAUCACGAUCCCACCAUCAAUCCUGGGCUCGGUUCCCCUCGCUGCCCUCGCUGUCUCUCUCUCUUAAACCCCACCGCUGAAAGGGGAGAAUGGGCUAUUACUUCCGUUUUGCAUGAUGCCACUGCUGUGGCCGGCUCAGGUAUUGGUGGAAUGCUUAGUGCCGUUCAUGGUUUCAAUACAGGGAUCCCGUUCCUUCAAAAUCGUCUCAAGGGGCCAAAAUGGAUGCCUUUUUUAGUUGGGCUUCCUCCCCUGCUAAUGUUUUCCGCUGCAAGUGCUGCGUUUGGAGGUUAUGCACUACCAAAGUUUGCUCAACUCACAGUAACAUCCUAUUAUGCUGCUUCAAGUGCUUCACAUUAUGGGAUUUCACUGCUUACCCGACAUAUCGAAGAGGCCCAUACUUCCCGAGCUCAGCAAGAAAGUCAUUCAUGAUUCUUCGCUGUUGUAGACUUUCUGUGACUUGCGGCUGAGGUUGAAGAAAGAAGAUAUCAAGUUUGGUUGAGGUGAUUUCCUCAGAACACCUGUUCGUCGGAACCAGAGACCGACAAGCCUGUGACUGCGUGAUUUCGGCAAUUCUGCUCCGCCGGGAUUUGUAUCAAGAUUAAAUAAUUUCAAUUGGUUUUGUCAAGUUGAUGGGACUUUUCAAGGUAAUGGUAUGCCAGUAAUUGUUGAAACUUUAGCUCUUCGUCACUAUUUGCUCUUUGCGACAUAAUUUUUGCUUUUUAAUGACUGCAUUCUUAUGGACUGUUUGUAGGUGGUUCAAACUUUUUGGUCUCCACAUUUAGACAUUUUUGAACUGGAUUUAAUUUUGAA